CUUACGAGUGAAUAUCAUAUUUUAGUAUACAUUUUCCUGUAAAAAUGCUUUGUGUGAGAUUAUUGGCUUGGACAAUAACUAUUUAAGUUACCAUUCAGUAGUAAUACUUGAAGUACAUUGUAAACUGCGAGGAGAAUCUAUGUUUGACAACUGUUAUGAAAGUUUAAGUGCUGUACAAAGGCCUAAAGCAUGAGUUGGUUGCACUUUUUGUGUGAGAUUAUUUCCAAACCUGUUGAACCUACUUUUUGCAUAUUUUGCUAAUGAAAACCUUCAUGUAUUGAUGCAGCAGGAGAAUCUAUUAACUAAGCAUACAGUCAAGCUAUUGAAAAAAUACAGCCUCAAGAAAAAAUAUGUAAAAUCCAUGUAGUAUAAGUUACUGUUACAGUAUAAUGAUAAUAAUUAAUUUUUUUGGUAUAAUUAUAGCUGAAAAUAAUUAUUUAUUCAGACCAUGUUAUAAUUCAGAGAACAUGAGUGAUAACCCCAAUUAUCACAUGAAGCGUAAGAAAGGAACAAGGUCAAACUUUUACAGGAAAAAAAAUGUUGAAAGAAAACAACGUCAGCAAGCACUGAUAGACCCUGACAACGAUUUGCACGACACGAGUAGCAACUCUCAAGUACGCCUCAACGUUUUACUUCCACCACAAUGGCAUGAUGUAAGCAACAGUACAUCUCGAGGCGUUGCUGCUCAGUAUGGUAAGAUGGAGAUGGGGCCCGAUGAUGUCAUUCAAGCUACAAGGUCCGUACUGCUGCAUGAAGACAAAAGAUGGUCGGUAUAUGUGCUUGGAAAAAAAGUUUCAGAAUCAUGCCUUAUACUGAAAGAUCAACCUCCUCAAAUCGCCAGUGCCCACGAGCUAUCACUCAUUAUCAAGCUUGUGGAUGACGCCUCACUGUGCCCAGGUAAUCCAGAAGAACAAUAUGCAAUACUUUGUCGCCAACGAAUUAGGCGAGGUGAAAACAUUAGCAUCGAUAAUUCUACGAUUAUUAAUCAAGGAAUACUAUACGAGAGCACAGCAAGAAAGGAUGAUUGCGAGCUGCUUAUUCAUCGAACUGCAGUGACAGGCCUGUACCCAGCACCACAACGCUGCACCAGCUGUAAUUCAUUCCGAGGAACACUGCGUGUAGCAAUGUCUCGCCAGAAGCAAAGCAUUGACCAUGAGAUCGACCAUACUUCAACAACUAGUCACACCACGUUUGCUAGCCUCAACCCUAAAGACAAGGACACCCGAUUGAGAAAUCUGCAGCAGAGUUUGAAGAUGACAAAACGGAUGGUCAAACGACUUGAAGUCAACGUCAUUAGCUUGAUGGAGAAGGAAGCAAUUCCCCUGCUAGAGACCGACAAUGCGGACAUUUCAACAAUUACAAGCGAAUUGAACUCAUUGGUUGCCGAGAAGUUUGCUCCCGAAUCUCCCCAGAGAGUAUUUUGGGACCAACAAAGGCAAUAUAACAGCCUGAAAGACAAGCGGCAGAUGAGAUGGCACCCUCUAGUGAUCAGAUUUGCACUAAAUUUGAAGUACAUGUCCUCCUCUGCCUACAAUGCUGUUGCACGUGGUGGGGUGAUAAACCUUCCUUCAGAAAGAACGCUUUCUGAUUAUACUCAUUGGACAUCACCACACACGGGUGUGCAACUGGAGUUCAUUGAGGAGUUCAAGCGUCUUGUAGAAGAAGAAGUCAAAUGCGGCCAAUAUCACUGUGCUUUAUCUAUGGAUGAAAUGAAAAUUAAGAGUGGUCUUGUCUUCAACAAGCAUACUGGCGGUUUAUGUGGGUUUAUUGACCUUGGCAGUGCUAAUAGAGAUAUCGAGUAUGCAGUUAGUGAUCACGAGCAAGAUGCCAAGCUAGCGGAACAAGCAUUUGUUUUUCUAGUUCGAGCUGUAUUCAAACCUUCACUGUCUAUGUCAAUAGCCCACUACUUUACAACUAACUUGAAAGGAGAGCAGAUAUUCCCUUUGGUGUGGGAUGUGGUCGAAUCUCUCGAAAUGUACGAUAUACCGGUAGUAUCUCUCACGAGUGAUGGGGCAAAACCAAACCGGCGAUUCUAUCGCAUGUGCCAGGAUUCGGAGAAAAGAGUCAGCGUACCACACAAGACCACCAACCCAUACAGAGUUGACUCAGAGCUUUUCUUUUUCUGCGAUGCACCUCACCUUCUGAAGACAGCUAGAAACUGCUUCAGUAAUUCGUUUUCACACUCAAAAAGCCGGGCAAUGCAGAAAUGUGGGCAGACGAUCAGCUGGAAGUGGAUCGAGAGCCUAUACCUAAUGGAGACUACAACCAGUACACCAGGGGUUCGAUUGUGCCACAAAUUGUCAAGGAAUCAUGUGUGGUUGAACUCAUUCACACGAAUGAGAGUGCACCUAGCAGCCCAGGUUAUGAGUGAAAGUGUUGCAUGUGCGCUGCAAAUGAUUAACAGUGAUGGUACGCAGCAAACCCGGCUGUUCAUCAGGAUGAUCGAUAAGUUCUUCGACCUCCUGAAUGUUAAAGGACCACUAAUAGGCAAGCUAAAACGAAAAGAGAAUUCGUUACCAUUUAAAAAGGCAACAGAUGAGAGAUUUAAGUGGCUAACAGAUGAUUUUCUUGGAUACCUUGCUGAGUGGGAAAAGGAAAUUGCAGAGACACCAGGACUCAAAGCAAAAGAAAAGCAGAGACUAGGGUUAAGUAGAGAGACAGUGCAAGGCAUGAGAAUUACAGUGUCAUCCUUUGUUGAAUUAGGACGUCAAUUACUGCAACUGCCGAAUGUUAACUACCUCUUAAGUGAAGUUUUUUCCCAGGAUCCACUAGAGCGUUAUUUCUCUAGGCAACGCCAUCGUGGAGGAAGCAAUGAAAAUCCGACUGCUUUUCAAGUACCAUACAAUGCGUCUACACUUGUACAGCAAAGGUCUAUCUACAGAGACUUAAAGUCCAUGAAUGUUGAUUCAGAAACUGACAAGCUAGAAUGUGUCUCACAGCCACUUCGUAAGAGAUCAAGAAAUCAUUCAUCAUGUACUCUCGUUGAACUUUAG